GACUAUGUAGAGUCUCCAACUUCGAUGUCGGGCUUUUUUCCCCAGUAACACGUAAAUAUCACCGCCGGGGGGGUCUUCUCCCUCGCCGGCCAUACUUAGCAGGUGGCCCUAUUUUGCCCUCAUCGAGCCAGCUGAAGUGUCAUCAGCUUUGCAUCGGAGUUUUGAACAUAGAAAAGCCUGGAAUGCCAAUCCGAGUAUGCGACUCAACUCAAUAGGUUCGCUCGCCGCAGCUUUCGCCCUCCUCUCACCUGCGUGGGCGACGGGACAUAGCAGGAUUCCCUCGCGUCCCGAUGUCGUGCCCGGCCCUUACAAUGCCGGCUGGGCCAUGCCGCCCUCGCCGCCGCGUGAUGAAGGACGUUACUGUUAUGUGAGAUCGGGAUGCCACAAGAAGCGUGACGAUGCGCCGCAUAUUGUUCGGGCCCUCAAGAAGUGCAAUAAUGGCGGCACGGUUGUGUUCGACAAGUCGUAUGUGAUCGGCUCGCCCCUAGACCUCAGGUUCCUCCGGCACAUCGAUGUCGUCAUCACAGGGGAUAUCGCCUUUGACGACUCCGACGUGUACUACUGGAACAAUAACAGCAUCAAGUACAAGUUCCAGAACCAGAGCGUCUUCUGGAUGCUAGGCGGCGAGGAUGUGAACAUAUACGGCGAUCUGACCCUGGAGGAGGGCAAGAGCGUCAUCGACGGGAGGGGUCAGGCCUAUUGGGAAGAGAUCGUGACAAAUACGGCUCUAUUUCGGCCUAUGCUCUUCGCUUUCGACGGGAUGAAAGGGGCUACGAUGUCCAACCUACGAAUGCGCAAUCCGCCACACUGGUUCAAUAUCAUCGCCAACAGCUCCGAUAUUAUUAUCAGCAACAUGGACCUUCGCGCACAGUCGCUCAACGAUGUCAAGAUCGCCAACUCGGACGGUUGGGACACCUACCGUUCGGACCGGGUGGUGAUUCAGGACUCGUAUAUCCUGAACACGGACGACUGCGUGUCCUUUAAGCCGAACAGCACCAACGUGGUGGUGCAGAACCUGGAGUGCGUCGGCUCGCACGGCAUCAGCGUCGGGUCGCUAGGCCAGUACGCGAACGAGACGGACAUUGUGGAGAACCUGCACGUGUACAACGUGUCGAUGGCGGACGCGAGCGACUUCGCCCGCAUCAAGGUCUGGCCCGGCGUCCACACCCGCUUCCAGACGCACCUCGCCGGCGGCGGCGGCUCCGGCCGCGUCCGCAACGUCACCUACGACCUGCUCCGCAGCGCCAACAACGACCGCGCCAUCACCAUCACCCAGUGCUACGGCCAGAGCAACAAGACCCUCUGCAACGAGUUCCCGGCUAACCUGACUAUUGAGGACAUCACGAUCAAGAACGUCUGGGGCACGACCUCGGCGAAGCUGGACCCGCAGGCGGGCACGCUGGUGUGCAGCGCACCCGACCGCUGCCGCAACAUCCGCGUCGAGAACAUCACUGUCACCGUCCCGAGCGGCAAGCCCCCCGUCUACGAGUGCCGCAACAUGGACAACGGCCUGCUGCAGCUCACCUGCACGGAGGAGUCCAGCGGAGACCGCGACACCGAGCAGGGCUAGGGAGGAGCCGUCGUCGGCGGGCGGGGCGUGAUGGCACGGGGGGUGCCUCUUUGCCCGAGUUGAGCCCAGGGAGAGAGAAGGGGCAAGGGUGCGCGAGGGUAUCACGGGGGCAAAGAGGUAGCUAGCUAGCUAGUUGGUUAUCACCAGGAAUCGGAGACUGGCACAUUGCUACUCUCCCACCACCUCUUCUUCUUCUCCCGCCCCCCCCGUUCCUCUUUCUAGCUCCGCGCCACUUUCGCUAGAUGGGCACACGAACACAGGCACCUCGUCGUCGAUGGCGGCGAGGUAUGCCUAUCCUGUUCAGCUUACUGACUAUCGAACAACCAACUUUGAAGAAGAAAAAAUAGUUGCUUUAUAUUUAGUUAGGUUAGGGCGCGAUAUAAUGAUGU